GGCGCGUCCUGACGUCACAUCCGCCGGAGCGCGGGCGGAGCCGGUUGGGCGCUCAUCGCCGCCGGUGGCGCAGCCGGGCGACCGCCCUCCCCCCGCUGGGCGCGCACGCGGAGGAGCCCCCCCCGGGCCUCCGCUGCCUCGUCCUCCGGCGGUCGGGAAGGCGGAAGGGAGGAAGGACCAGCCAGGCACCGGCAGCAGGUGAGGAAGCCGCGCAGGAGGGCCGGAUCCCCGGACGUCGCUUCGGAGCGGCUGACACGUGGAGGGGGCCUGGGCCUCGCAGCGGCAGAGGGACAGAGGGAGAAGGGCGUCCCCGGGGUCGCGGCGGCGGCGACCGGCUGCUUCCUCCUCCUCGGGACCCCCCCCCAUUUGGCGUCUUUUGCCGGCAACGGCGGUGGGUUUCCCGGCGCAGGGCUGAGUCCCAGCCGGCUGGUUUGGCGGACACGUGCGCGUGUGGCGCCCCUUCCUGCCCGGCACACGGGCGGGCCCUUCUUCCCCCAGGACAGGCCUUCCUGUGUCUGACCACAUUACGUUGAACAUGGAAAAUGAGGAAGAGUUAGUGAAUAAAGGCGAGGAAGAUGAGAUGAAGAUUUAUGGCUACACGUUUUGCCGGUGGAAGCUGGUCCUCGUGGCGGGGGGGGUGCUCUGCACGGGCGGCUUCCUCCUCCUCCUCCUCUAUUGGAUGCCUGAGUGGCGGGUGAAAGCGACAUGCAAAAGGACUUCGCUGAGAGGCUGCAAAGUGGUGCUGCUGAGGACCACCGAUGAAUUCCAGAUAUGGUUUUGUGCAAAGGUUCGCAUUGUGCUUUCUUUGGGACCAAAUCUGUUGCAGACCCCAAAAUAUGUGUCGGAGAAGAUGAGAAAUGGCUGCAGUGGUCAUUUAUGCAUAAAUCCGGCUGAAGAGACAGGAAAUGAUUUGGACAGAUGCUCCCAGGCUCACCUACAAGAGAUCCGUUAUUUCACCCACCACAGUGUGAAGUAUUUCUGGAACGAUGUGGUACAAAACUUCAGCAUCAUAAAGGGUCUGGAUGAAUCUACUUCCUGUUCUUCAAUUCACAAUGAACACAGUGCAGGCCUCACAAAGGGGAUGCAAGAUUACAGAAAAUUAUUCUAUGGAGUAAAUGAAAUUGCCGUGAAAGUGCCUUCCGUUUUUAAACUUUUGAUUAAGGAGGUUCUCAACCCUUUUUACGUUUUCCAGCUGUUCAGUGUGAUUUUGUGGAGCACAGAUGAAUAUUACUACUAUGCAGCAGCAAUUGUGAUAAUGUCUCUGAUAUCCAUUGUUAGCUCACUGUAUACCAUCCGGAAGCAAUACAUGAUGCUGCAUGACAUGGUGGCGGCUCAUAGCAUCGUCCGGGUAUCGGUCAGCAGAGCAAACCAAGGUGUGGAAGAGAUCCUUUCCACGGACCUUGUCCCUGGAGACGUCAUAGUGGUCCCUCUGAAUGGGAUGAUCAUGCCUUGUGAUGCGGUGCUUACCAGCGGAACCUGCAUCGUCAACGAAAGCAUGUUGACAGGCGAAAGUGUUCCUGUGACAAAGACCAACCUGCCACAUCCCACCACGGAGCCCAAAGGAGGCCCGGAAGACGAAGUGUACAGUCCUGAAGAGCACAGGAGGCACACGUUGUUCUGUGGCACGACCGUCAUCCAGACUCGCUUCUACACUGGAGAGCUUGUCAAAGCCAUUGUGGUCAGAACAGGCUUCAGCACUUCUAAAGGGCAGCUGGUCCGUUCCAUCUUGUACCCAAAGCCAACGGAUUUCAAGCUCUACAGAGAUGCUUACUUGUUCUUGCUCUGCCUUGUGGGGGUGGCAGGUGUUGGAUUCCUCUACACGGUCGUCAUCAGCAUUCUCCACGAGGUUGCAGCCCACAUCAUUGUCAUUGAGUCUCUGGACAUCAUCACCAUCACGGUGCCCCCAGCUCUUCCUGCUGCAAUGACUGCGGGGAUUGUUUAUGCGCAAAGGAGGUUGAAGAAAACUGGAAUCUUCUGCAUUAGCCCUCAAAGGAUCAACAUUUGCGGACAGCUAAAUCUUGUGUGCUUUGACAAGACAGGCACUCUAACUGAAGAUGGCCUGGAUCUUUGGGGGAUCCAAAGGGUUGAAAAUGCUCGUUUCAUUUUGCCAGAACAAAACGCUUGCAGUGAGAGUUUGGUCAAGUCUCCCUUUGUUGCUUGCAUGGCAGCCUGUCAUUCCCUGACAAAAAUCGAAGGAGUCCUUUCAGGAGACCCGCUUGACCUGAAGAUGCUCGAAGCCACGGGAUGGAUUCUCGAAGAAGCGACAGAAGAGGAAACAGCCCUUCAUAACCGGAUUAUGCCCACUGUUGUCCGACCGCCCAAGCAGCUUCUCCCGGGCCCAAGCCCUGCAGCCCCAAAAGAAAUGGAGCUCUUCGAGCUUUCGGCCAGUUACGAAAUCGGCAUUGUGCGGCAGUUUCCAUUUUCUUCUGCUUUGCAACGGAUGUGCGUGGUGGCAAGAGCCCUUGGGCAGAAGCGGAUGGAUGCCUACGUGAAAGGGGCGCCAGAGGUGGUCGCUGGGCUGUGCAAGCAAGAGACCGUACCUGUUGAUUUUGAAAGAGUGUUGGAAGAGUACACCAGGCAGGGCUUCCGGGUCAUCGCUCUUGCUCACCGAAGGCUGGAAUCCAAACUGACCUGGCACAAAGUCCAGAAUGUUGGCCGAGAUGCCAUUGAGGGCAACUUGGAUUUCAUGGGUUUAAUUGUAAUGCAGAAUAAGCUCAAGCAAGAAACCCCGGCUGUGCUUGAGGUUUUGCAUAAAGCCAACAUCCGGACCGUCAUGGUUACAGGUGAUAAUAUGCUGACUGCCAUCUCUGUGGCCAGGGAUUGUGGAAUGAUUCUACCUCAAGACAAGGUGAUCAUUGCUGAAGCGCUACCUCCAAAGGAUGGGCAGACAGCCAGGAUCAACUGGCAUUAUGCAGAUGCCCUUGCCAAAGGCCCUGAUUCCUCACCAGCCAUUAACUCAGAGGAUAUUCCUAUUAAAUUGGCCCAGGAGAGACUUGAGGACCCCCAAAUGACCAAAUACCACUUUGCUAUGAACGGGAAGUCCUUUGCGGUGAUCCAGGAGCACUUUCAGGAUCUUGUCCCAAAGCUUGUAUUGCAUGGCACAGUGUUUGCUCGCAUGGCCCCGGAGCAGAAAACGCAGCUGGUGGAGGCUUUGCAAAAUGUAGACUACUAUGUGGGCAUGUGUGGCGAUGGGGCAAAUGACUGUGGGGCGCUGAAGCGGGCGCAUGGUGGCAUUUCCCUGUCGGAGCUGGAGGCGUCUGUGGCAUCUCCAUUCACCUCCCGGACCCCCAGCAUCUCCUGUGUGCCAAGCCUGAUCAGGGAAGGCCGUGCUGCGCUAAUAACGUCCUUCUGCGUGUUUAAAUUCAUGGCUUUGUACAGUAUUAUCCAGUACGUCACUGUCACCCUCCUUUACUCUAUCCAGAGCAACUUGGGAGAUUUCCAGUUCCUCUUCAUCGAUCUUGCAAUAAUUUUGGUGGUGGUCUUCACCAUGAGCCUCAAUCCUGCCUGGAAGGAGCUUGUGGCACAGAGGCCGCCUGCCGGUCUCAUCUCGGGGGCCCUCCUGUGCUCUGUUCUGUCUCAGAUCCUCAUCUGCCUUGGCUUCCAGACCCUGGGAUUUCUAUGGGUCAGGCAGCAGCCCUGGUACGAGACCUGGACCCCACACUCGGACGCGUGUGACGUGUCGAGAGCCCCCUUUGCCAACGCAUCGCAGGACAAGAAUGAGUCUGUUCACGACGAGCACAACAUCAGGAACUACGAGAAUACGACUGUGUUCUUCAUCUCCAGCUUCCAGUACCUCAUUGUCGCCGUUGCCUUUUCUAAAGGGAAGCCCUUCAGGCAGCCUUGCUACAAAAACUAUCUCUUCGUGGUUUCUGUCAUUGUUCUUUAUGCCUUCAUACUUUUCAUCAUGUUGCACCCAGUGAAGUCCAUUGAUUGGUUCCUUGAGCUGGUCUGUGUGCCACAUCACUGGCGAGUCACAAUUCUCCUCAUCAUUGUCAUCAAUGCCGUUGUAUCAAUUCUGGUGGAGAAUUUCCUCCUUGACACGGUCCUUUGGAAAGUUGUCUUCAGCCGAGACAAGCGAGGGGAAUACUGCCUUGGCUCCUCCUCCUCCUCCUUCAUCACCACCUCUUCCUCCUCCUCCUCCUCCUCCUCCUCCCACCCAUCGCAGGGGGUGUUGGAGCGCUGCCGAGGGUGUGCCAUUCCCUCUCUGCUGGGCUGCAGGAAGAAGCCUCCAAAAGCCAAAUACAUGCACCUGGCGCAGGAGCUGCUGGUGGACCCCGAGUGGCCGCCCAAGGCCUGCACGACGACAGAGGCCAGAGCCUCAGCCCACGAGAACGGCUCCUGCCAAAUCAUCACCGCAACGUAGCAGUGGACUGAGCACGUUCAUUCCGGACUGCUGGGCUGGCCCCACUUUGCUGCCUUGGAGACAGACCUUUCUACAAGCGAUGCAAAAUGUUGGUGUUUUUUCAGCUGGCUUCCCAGAGCUUUGUUCCAUCAGCCAGUUCUAUGUUCGAUAAAUACUUUGGGGCCCUUCAGGGGAUCUCUGGGUUCAGGGCAGGCAAGCCUUUGAUCUUUGAUGAAACAAAGGUUGUUCCUCCUGCCUGCAGUUGGACUGCAGGACUCUCAAAGUAAGACGAUGAAGGCUGUGAGUCGCUUCCACCACCAUUCCUAUCAGGGCGAAAGUGUUUGCCCAAACUUGGUGCUAGAUUACACUAGUCCGACUGUGUCAGCGUAGAAUGCCCUACGUAGCCUAGCCCAGCCUCACUGCACAGAGAAGGAGCUGGACGUCAUGGCUGGUCUCCAGAUGCCUUGCCCGUUUCCCCCUCAGCUGGAGGAAGGAAGAACAGUGCCCCCUCUUGCCUCCCCCUGUGCCCUGGCCUGGCCCUCCCAGCUUCCAACUCAGCUGAGCCUGGGCUGCAGGCUCUGUGAAGGAAAGAUGCAAAGGAUCCACGCUUGCUCGCCCUUGAUCAAAGCCUCCACAUCCUGCACAAGUGCUUUAAAUCUGCUGAGGCCGCUAUAGACCCCAGACUUGUCUGUGUGUUGUGUGUGAGCACGCAAAAGGAGCACACACGCACACACACAGUUGCUAGUGGGGUAAAUGCAGGUGAAACAUUGAGCAACUCCAAGGUCGCAGAUGUCAAUUGGCCUCUUUCUACUUUCUGGAUAAGCGGAGGGUGCCUUGACCCCAGUGGCUGCACCUUCAUCUUCCCACCAUGAGGUGGUGCUACAGGGGCCUUCAUGAGAUGGCCGAGGUGAUGGCCACUGUUCCGUAGCAGCAGGGGGGAUGCACAACGGAAGCUCUUAGUAGCAGGAAGAGUCCCAAUUCUUACCCAGUGCAGGCACGCCUGUCUCCCUUGAGACAGACGCCCACAUGUGCACCCACUGCCACCCUUAAUACAGGGGCUUUGGGUUUAAAGCUCUGUGUGUGCACAUGAGUCCAAGACAGAGCACCAAAUCCAGGGGACCCUGAUCUGUGCUGAGGGUGGGAUAGGAGGUGGGGAUGGUGCUCUUUGGCUUGGUCCAAAAUGUCUCUGUGCCUGUAAAACCUUCAAAAAGGAAUAGCCCCCCACUGACUGCAUCUCUUUUGGAUGGCAACUAAACAACAAUACUGUAACUUCUGUCGUUUUAUACCUCAACGGAAAAGACUGGGCGUGUUGGGGAGACAGGAUGAGAGGCCGGAGGCCAGGAUGCACCAGCAUCUUGCAGGAGAGGAAACGGCCCAAGGCGUGGGCUAUGCCAGGCCCUCCCGCUCUCCUGGCUAUAGAGUCCUGCUUCCCGCUCCUCUUCCUGUGUCUCGUAGGGCCUGGUCCACAAGAGUGCAAAUGCUUUUGGCCCCGCCUGUUCCCUUUGUGAGCGGCUGUGCUCUGCACUGCCUGCCAGCUGCAGGCCUUUCCCAGACACAGAGCGCUUGGUUUGCAGUCUCUCAUUCUCACAAUGGUGCUAAAUCGUGGAGGAAGGUUGGGAUUUGGAAUUCUAACACCUCAGGGUGCCUACGAAUCUGCUGUCCCUGGCGAAGGUUGGCUGCUGUUGAGUUUUGUAUCAGCCCAAGGUGGGAAGGAGAGGAGCCUGUUGAAAUCAUUUCCCCUGCCAUACUUAAAAUAUAUCCAGUUAUUUUAUUUCAGUAGAAGACAUUAAUGAAGCUAUGCAUCAUUUGACCUUGGAACUGUGACUUGCAAGCACUUCGUCUAAUUGUACAGUAACCAUGUGUGCUUGUGUGUGUGAGAGAAGAGUGUUUUGUGGACAGAAAGAUGCAGGGGAGAGCCUUGAUCACUUGUGUCUUUCACACCGUGUUGCGUGUUGUGCUUCUUCCCCCACAUUUCCCAUUAAAAAAACUGCUGGGAAGCAAAAAUGAGGGAAUAUUAUGGACAGCCUAGGAUCUUGGAGCAGGGGAAAGCAAUUUGUAAUGGGGGGGUUGGGAAAAAGAAGGAAGCUGGCCCUUGGGAGCUUAAUGUGGAUUUGCACUGCGUCAGCUGUGCAGAGGGUUCCCAGCACCUCUGUGAAAUUCCCAGAAAUCCCUGCAUCGUUCCUGUUGAGUUGAGUUUGAAAGGAAGGUUUGUCUUCUCACGUCUGCAGGAAGUGGCUGGCAUCUUAACUCUGGUUCCACCAUGCUGGAAAAUUCAGCUUGCACACCAGAUUUCUGAGUGGGUGACUUUUUUUAAAAAAAGACUCCUUUUCUUGUUGAAUCUACCUUGAAAGCUUGUGAAUUCAGGUGAACAAAACUUUAAUGGGCCCCUUCAGCACUCUGCUGAGGUCUGUCUUUUAUCUUUCUGCAGCGAAGUCCAGUGUCACAAUGAUAACUUGGAUUCAGUGUUCCUUAUUAAAUUAUUUGUGUUUUGCAGACCUAAAAUCUAAAUUCGUUCAUUGUUGUGUUAGGACUGUAAAUAAGGCCAAUUAAAUAUUAUUAAUUUUAUUUUUAUUAUUAUUAUUAUUUAUGCACAUACCUAAAGGACUAGCUCAAGAAAACAGCAACUGUUGCUUAAAAAAGAUAACCAGAUUUUUUAGAUGAUAUCUCCCGGAGGGUUGUUUUUAAAGCUUUGCUUUCCCAUGAUAAUGAAUUGUAGCUGUAUAGGAUCUUCGGGUGUCUCCCCCCCAUCUGUCGAACCAUUCUCCUCUCUCUUGGUGUGUGCAGUGCUGGUGAUGGAGGGACACGUGGUGCACAUCUCUUGCCAGCUGUGCAAACAGACAGAGCCUCACGUCUCUGGGGAGCUGUUUGCCCCAGGAGAGUGGCCACUGGUGGUUGCUUCUGAGGAAAGUGCACGUGGCACUUUGCUCCCUCCCUCCCCACCCCCAGACUGUCGUCAGGCCCCCUGGCAUUCGUCUUCCAGCCUUCAGGAUGGAGCCUGCAUGGUAGGGUGUGGGGGUGUCCUUUUCGAUAUUGGAGCGCUAAAAUUCUACUGUAAAAUAUGGUGCAAAUAAUGCUUGAUUAGAAAGUGGCAAAAGCAGCUACUAAACAAAGAUUUCAUUUCUUACUGCAGUCUUUAAAUUGGAAACUUAACAAAUUGCACUCGUUUUUAAUUUAUUUUUUUUAAGUAGAGUGUUUAUGAAGAUUGCGCUGAUCAGUUUACUCUAACUGGAUGAGUUAGUCUACUGUAGUAUUAUGUCUGUAUAUACAGUAUCCGUAUUAAAGAGAUGAAUCCUCUUUCUCAAUGCUGCAAGUUCUUUCUUCUUAAAUGCCUUCCUUGAUUGUAUCAGGUCUUGAGACUGUAGAAGAGCUUCAUGAUUUUAUCCGUCAAAAAUCCAAUUCUAAAGUUAAAUGUUUGUAUAUUUGAUGAAAAUAUUUAUUUAAUGGCUUCUACAUGCUAUAUAUGCCAUAUAAUGUCAGCCUUUUAAAAUAACUAUUUCCAAUGAACUUCCAAACCCUCGGAUAGAUUAUGUAGCCCCGCCUCCAAAUCCUCCUCAGGUUAAGUCAUGCCAUUGCUUGACAGGACCCCAUUGUCUUAGAAUGUUCUAGAAAUUAGAAAUUUAUCUUUUUGUUUAAGGAGUGACUCUGCAUCUUCCUACAUAAAACAUGUUUUUUGCUGCUUUUAUAAUGGUACCCAGUUGUAAUAAAGGCAUUUUUGUGAAAUUGUACAUAGUAAAUAGCCUUGUAAACUUUUUUUGUGAUUUAACCUAUUUGAAAUAAAAACGUGAUUCGCUU